CAGAAAGAUCCGCCGGAAGUGGAAGGGAGGGAGCGGAAGUACUUGCGAGAGGGCUGACGGGAGGAGUGCACGUGUGCGUCUUUUGGAGAGACUUAACCUUAUGGAAGCCAAAGGUAAAAGGAAAUUCAUAGGUAAAGGUGGAAAAUCAGGGCCUGGAAAAAGGAAGUUUAAACAAAAUAGUGAUGCUGGCCUUCCGAAGACAUUUAAUAGAAGGGACGGGACGGGUGUCAAGCUGAAAUUUAAGACUAAGAAGUUUGAAAAAGGAAAUGCAAAGACUGGCAGAAGUGGUGUAAAACAAAUAAAGAGUAAACAAUUACCAGACAAAUUAUCCCGGAAAAGAAAACUCAAGGAUGGUAACAAAGGAUCGCUGCCAAAGAAGCCCAAAUGGGAUGACAUCAAGAAGAAAAAGAAGGAUCUCAAACAAAGCAGACAGCUGAAUGACAGAGCCAACUAUGAUGCAGUGUUCAAGGCAAAGCAGAUCUGGGAAGCUUUGAGACAGAAAAAGUGUGACCUUGAGAAGCGGAAGAAACUGUUAAGUGAACUUCAGGAACUGCUUCAUGGGAAAAUAAAAAGUAUGGCAUUUGCUCAUGACUCUACUCGUGUCAUCCAGUGUUACAUUCGGUUUGGCAAUGAAAAACAAAGGCAAGAAGUAUUUGAGGAAUUACGAGAGAGUUUUACUGAACUAAGCAAAUCUAAGUAUUCCAGAAAUAUUGUGAAGAAACUUCUUAUGUAUGGAACAAAACCACAAAUUGCAGAAAUAAUCAAAAGCUUCAAAGGUGAAGUGAGAAAGAUGCUGCGUCAUGCUGAAGCAUCUGCAGUGGUGGAGUUUGCAUAUAAUGACAAAGCCAUUUUGGAGCAGAGAAACAUGUUGACGCAAGAGCUGUAUGGGAAUAUAUUCCAAAUCUACAAGUCAUCAGAACACCCAACUCUUGAAAAAGUGGUCGAGUCCCACCCUGAAAAGCGGGAGGCUAUUAUGGAUGAAAUGAAGCAGAUCCUUACUCCAAUGGCUCAGAAGGAAGCUGUAAUAAAGCAUUCGUUAGUCCAUAAAGUAUUUUUGGACUUUUUCACUCAUGCCACCCCUAAACAGAGAUCUGAAAUGAUUGAAGCAAUCAGAGAAGCUGUCAUCUACUUAGCACACACGCAUGAUGGAGCCAGAGUAGCCAUGCAUUGCCUGUGGCAUGGAACGCCCAAGGACAGAAAAGUCAUUGUGAAAACCAUGAAAACCUAUGUUGAAAAAGUAGCUACUGGUGAAUUCUCACAUUUAGUUUUGUCGGCGGCAUUUGACUGCAUUGAUGAUACUAAGCUUGUGAAACAGCUAAUUAUAUCUGAACUGAGUGAUUCCUUAGCAAGGAUUAUAAACAAUAAAUAUGGAAGAAAAGUCCUGUUGUAUCUGUUAAGUCCAAGGGAUCCUACAUAUUUCUCACCAGCAGUAAUCAAAAUUCUUCAGCAGGGUGAUGGAAAUGCUUACAGUAAAAAAGAUGUAGAAGUUCGACGCUGUGAGCUCUUGGAAGCUGUGUCCCCGUGUUUAUUAAAGUAUCUGAACGAACAUGCUGAAGAAAUGACAAUGGACAAAGCUACCUGCAUUAUGGUGACUGGUAUCCUCAAAGCCUCUAUUGGUGACAUCCAGCCUGCUCUGAACACAAUUGCCAAUCUGGCUGCACAAGAGUUGAUUCCAGGAGGUGAAGAUGGACAGCUUCAUAUUGCAGAACAUCCAGCUGGUCAUCUGGUUCUGAAGUGGUUGAUUGAGCAAGAUGAAAAGAUGAACGAACGUGGCAGAGAAGGUUGUUUUGCAAGGACUUUAGUAGAAUGUGUGGGCAUUGACAACUUGAAGCAGUGGGCAGAUGUCAAUCGAGGUGCAAUUGUUCUUUGUCGCCUUCUUCAGAGCUCUGACCAGGAAGUGGCAAAUCAAGUCAAGGAUGGACUGAAAAGCCUUGUUCCAAAAUUGAAAAACAGCAAAAAUGCCAAAGGAGCAUUGGAAGCACUGCUGGAGAAACUAUCAUCUUAAUUUAAAGAGUGACAAAAUGGACAAGUUUUUUUCAAUAUAUGUAAACUAAUAUUUCAUUUUUCAGUGGCGGAAAUGAUUUAUUGGGCCAGGUCUUUUGCAACAACUUAACAUUUUUUUAAAAAAUGACAAAUUAAAUUCUUUCAGGAUUAUCAGAUUUGGUGUUUUUGAGGAUUAAUUAAUCAUGUCUGGAGACCAAGAUCCUUUUAAUAAGAUUGUAAUUGGGCAUAAAUGAAAUGUUGAAUCCUGUGACUCUGGUUCACUAAUGGUGAUGCCUUCCCAACGGGCAAGGAUCCUGUUCUCAUCCAUCAGGUGAAGAAACCAAAAAAGAAAGGGUGGAGUAUAGUGUACAAGCAAAGGGAGAGGAAAAUCAGUGUAAUCUUGACGGCUAAAAAUGGAGCACAAAGGCAUAGAAACUGCAAUUUAAUCAUAAAGUACAAAGUGAAAGGACAAACAAUGAUCAAUACUGCUCAGACUAGCAGACUGGACAGACACUAUUAUUUCACUUGCCUCGAUUACAGUACAUUUUGAUACGUAGAACUUAGCCUGGUCAAGAUUGCUUUGACGGUAUUUUUCUGCAUUUGUAUCCUGUGAUUAACUUGAGACAAGUGUCUUCCACGAUGAAGGCAGCUAUUGAAAACACAGCUACUUACCACGGUGCACAUUUUGGAUUCUCUUGGAUUGUUUAUACAUUCUGUUCAUGUUUUGUUAAGGCAUGUUCGUAAAAUCUUCCUUGAGAAGAAUACAAAAGCAUAGAGUCCUAACUCUUUUGGAGGUGUGCACAGGAGCUCUACCAAACGGUUUGAAUCCAAGCAACGCUUUUAUAAGGAUUUUUACUGAUUCUGUUUUUGUAGUGUUGUGACUAUGGUACAUAGUUAUGUCUGAAAAGUAUUGAUCAUUGUUUGUCCUUUCACUUUGCACUUUAUGAUUAAAUUACACUUUCAGUGCCCUAAUGCUUCAUUUCUAGCAGCCAGGAGUACAGUGAUUUUCCUUUUCCUUCUCUUCCAUCAGGUGCCAAUUCCUUGCAACAGUAGAAAGAGCUGCUCAUGGCAGAACCAAUUACCAAAAUCAACCCCAUAUAUUUAUUUCAACACUACCUACCAAAUCUUCAUUUUUAUUUACUGUCCAUUACAGUAUUUGGUUGAUGCUGUCAUUUCCAUGCUUUUCCUUCCUAAAUGAAUUCGCAAUGCAUGUUUCUAGAUGAGGUGAAAAAGAGUGAGCAGAAAAUGGUGGAAAUUAUUGUUCAAAAAGCAUGGGUGUAGAGGCUCAGUCUGAGCUUGAAAGACAGGCUGACAAAAGCAGGGCGCACCUGGUGGGAGUUUGGGAAAGGAAGUCUGUCAAAGAGCAGUAUCACUGGCUAUUGAAUAGAAUGAACAUGUGCUGUGUCAAUUGUUCUAUCAGCAAGCUCCACCGGUGGCUCUGAUCCAGCUUUCCAUAUAUGCUGCCUAAAGAUAAGCAUGCAGAGGAAAUGCACCAAUUUAAGGAUUAAUGUGGACUACUCAUAAUGGACUUUGCAGCUACAUUUGCUUGCAGCCUGUUCAGGGUAUCUAUUUGCCUAAUACUUUGCAUAGUCCUGUGGCACUUGUAAAAGCUGUAUGGUGGCUCAUUUUGGGAAUAAUUGGCUGAUAAAUUUGGAUCCUGUAGACUCUCCCUCUCAUGAUACAAUGUUUAGUUCAAAGCCCUUUCCUCUCUCUGGUUAUUAAACACAGAGCUGGAAGGAGCACCAAGAGUUAGCUUGUACAACACAGGAAAAUCACAACUACCUCUCCCCACUCCCCCAAUCACCCCUUCUCUAUGUUCAGAGGAAGGCCAAAAACAAGGAUCUCUGGCUUAGAAGAAAAUUCCUUCCUGACCCCAAAGUGUCUAAUUGGCGUGUGAGAAAGGGCCACAGGAGUCGAGCAAAAUCCCUUCCUGCUUUCCCUCUCAUAAUCUGGCUGAGGCUCACAGAAUCAGCAUUGCUGUCAGAUGGCCAUCUAACCUCCAACGAUGGAGUGCUCAUGGGGACAUGUGGGGUCACGUGUCCCCGGGCACAUGACAGCUGGUCAUGUGGGGGUGAAUUGCCCCCCACACCCUUCCCCUUAGGCUGCCCCUUCAGCCGGCGGACCCUGGCUGGGCUGCUGCUGGGUGCCCCUUGACCCUGUCCCGCCAGGCUCCUCCAUCUGGUGGAGGCUCCGCUAGUUGAAAGAGCAGCCUGCAGCAGGCUCCUGCCAGCUAAGGCAAGUGGGGCAGUGGGGGAUGGGGGCUGCUGGAGCAGGUGUUGCCCAGGGCACCAUUCCCCCCCUACGUCUCUGCUAACCUCUGUUUAAAAACCUCCAAAGAAGGAGAGUACCACCUUCCAAGAAAGCCUGUUCCACCGAGGAGCCACUCUGAACUUCCAGGAAAGCCUUUCUAACAUUUAGCUGAAAACAUUUGAUUUAGUUUCACCCAUUGGUUCUGCUUCAGCUUUCUUGGGCAACAGCAAACAACUCUGCACCAUCCCUCUCGAUGGGAUCCCUUCAAAUAUGCUUGGCUGUGCUAAAGUAAAGUCCUAGGAGCCAUCAUAUUUGUUGAGUGAAGGUAUCAUAAAAACUAGGUCAAUUGUGAAGUUUGGCUUAGGGUAGCUAUGUAUCUUAAAUUCAAGAGGGAAAAGCAAGGCUUUUUUUUAAGGGUGUCACGGUGGGCCAUGGGGCAUGUCUGUUGUGGGCCACAUGCAGCCAGUAAGCUCUUGGCCAUAAUGAUGCAAAAUAGAAUGCAUCAAAUUACUUCUAAUGCAGGGAAGCCUGUUGACAGAAGAGAUAUUUGUUUGGUUAAAACGGUGUGUUCUGCAAUCUCCAAAUAAUGGCUUGCUUGAUUAGUACCUUUCUCCUUCCAGUACAAGCUGCUACUAGGUGAUUAGUGAUACCUGUGGGCACAAAUAGUUAGCCAGUUUAUGAUAGGGGGACAGUUUGCAUUCUCCUUAAAUGUGAGUGAAAGUGCUGUAAUACAAAUGACUGUACCUGUUUUUGUAAUAAAUCCAUGGGUUCUUAUAA